GAUGGGGAUGAAAAACCAUCAAUGGGAUACUUGUAUGAGGCAAUGGAUAAAGCAAAGGAGAAUAUAAAAGCAAGGUUGAAGAAUAAAAUUUCUGCAUAUAUACCAUUUACUAGUGUCAUUGAUGCUAGAUGGGAUAAACAACUCCAUAGUCCAUUGCAAGCAGCAGGUUGUUAUCUUAACCCUGGAAUCUUCUUUAGGCCGUCAUUUAAGAAGCAAAAAGAUGUUACAAAAGGCCUACUUAGUACCAUUACAAGGCUGGUUUCUGAUCCUGAUGAGCAAGAUAUUCUUAGUUCUCAAAUUGAAUCAUACAAAAAGUCUUUAGGUGACUUUGGAAUGCCUAUGGCAAUCCGCCAACGUGAAAAACUAAGUCCAGUUGCUUGGUGGGAGCAAUUUGGAAAUGACACUCUGGAAUUACAAAAGUUUGCAAUUCGAGUGCUAAGUCAGUGUUGUAGUGCAACUGGUUGUGAAAGAGCUUGGAGCACAUUUGAGUUUGUCCAUUCCAAGAGGAGAAAUAGGCUUGAGCAUAAACAUUUGAAUGACUUGGUGUAUGUUCGGUAUAAUUUGUUGUUACGAGAAAGGUAUGUUUUUAAAUAUAUUCAAUUUUUAUUUUGAAUGAUUAGAAAAUGUC